AUGAUUGAUUAUCUUUAUUAUUGUAGUGAGAGCAGUCUUUCUGUGUUUUUUGGACAUUUGUCUACCAUCAAUUUCACAGUUCAACUAUCCAUGUACAGCAAUGAUGUUAUAACGAACAAAUGGAACCAUAGCAGACAUUCUCUUAGAAGUCCGAUUUCUGAGAACAACAAACAAAAUACAAUCCUACUGUCACCGUCUAUCAUGGAAGACGUUGGGAAAACAUCGAGCGUGUCCGGAUACUCUUCCUAUUUGAAUGAUAAGUCACUCGCUUCGGACGUGACUCUCAACGCUAAUCCUGUUGCCUCUGACGUUGCCCCGGACGACAGCCUAUCAGUGUCUUCAUAUACUUCAAACAUGCUGCAGACUCCAACUAAUGAAAGGAUUUUAUCACCCCGGAAGAAGUGGGACCUUCAGCCAUCACAAUUGGUGCUCCAUUGCAAUGAUCCUCAGUCAUUUUAUAUCAUCAAUUUUUCUGAAACAUCAAAGAGUAAAGUGGAAAGUGUGCAGGUCUCCUGUACUGAAGCCCCAGGUGUUGAAGGAAUCUACAUCUAUGUGACAACAGCAGAUGAAGUUUUACAACUGCAUGUCUUGCCAAGCUCCGCCGCUCCUAAAACUAGUCCUGGUCGACCACCACUGCAGGCAAUAACACUGAAUGUCCCAGACGACCGAGCAAGUUUAGCUUCAACCAAGCUGAGUAGCAAACAUCCUGUGAUUUCGAAAUCUUACAGUUCGACCAGUCUGACUUCUAAGAAUCCUGUAACCCCCAAGCCUGUCUCUUCAGCCAAACUGUCUGCUGACCAUCCUGCGACCUCUAAUUCUGUCAGUACAACCAAACGUAGUGCUGAACGUUCUGUCAUCUCCAAAUCUGUCUCUUCAACUAAGCUGUCUGCUGGUUCUGCGACCUCUAAGUCUGUUAGUUUGACCAGGCUGAGUGCUGAAUGUCCGUUGACUUCCAAAUCUAGCAGUUCUUCAACCAAGCUGCAUGCUGAAAGUACUGUUUCCUCCAGUUCUGUCACUUCAACCAAUCUUAGUGCCGAAUAUCCCAAGACCAUCAAUUCCCACAGUUCAGCUUUCCAGAAAGACAAAGUGGCUCUGCAUCGGUCUGACAUUGAAGCGGGAACAGAAUUACAACCCCGUUCUUGUGAUGUUGCUAAAAUGCCACCCCAACUUAGCAUUUCUCUCACUGAGAGCAAUAUCGUAUUUCAUCUUGAGGAAAGCUCCAAACUGGCCUGUAAUUAUGUGGAAAUCACCAACAACAGUCAACGGACAGUACAAUGGAGCCUCGAUAACCAAAUGGAAUUUCCUUAUUUUUCAAAUAAUGAAGGCAAGACAACUGUGAUGAGGUCAUAUGAUAUGUUCAAAAUAUUUCAAUUGUCAGGGUUAUUAUUCAGUGGACAGACCUACCAAAUCCCAAUAAUAUUUUAUCCGCAAGUGUUUCUCGAUUGUACUUUUGUCUGUCACCAAAAUUGUCUGCUCGAAUUCACCUCCACCUCUGAUGAUAAUUGCUCAACUCACCCAGUUACACUCCAGGCUUUUCUCGACAACGAUGUCCUCAAUCCAAAGGUGGCCUCCACAACUGCAGAAAUGUUCAUGCCGUCAUUGAAUAACACCAACUUGAGUUUGGAGGUGAAGUCAAAUGUUAUGGCAUUUUAUCCAUGCCAUCUGGGUGAAACGCUAAAAACAAAAGUUAUUAUCAAGAACCGCAGUCAGCAAUCCAUAAAGGUUGCCAUAUCUGAUGAAGAUGGUGAUUCUCCUUUCUCUGCCAAUGUGAGAUCAUUUACCAUUAACUCGAAAAAGCUUGUGAAGCUGCCUGUCUAUUUUACUCCAACGUCUCAAGGGUUCGUACAAAGACAAAUGGUUUUCUCUUCGGGCACCGAAUCCCUGACUUUGCUGUUGUUUGGGGUUGGCGUCGGGACGUUGUCAAUGUCUACAACAACAACAACAAGAAGAUAAGCGAUGGUUGCUGCUUCUGCUGCUGCUGCUGCUGCUGCAAUGACACUGCCCUAAUAACUGCACUGCACCAGUUGCUUGCAGCUAUUUCAUCUACUUUAAACAACAAAGGUAUUAACAACAACAACAACAACAACAGCUGCUGCUGUUGCAAUAACAAGAAAGGAAAAGAAAAAAACAUUGAAAAAACAAGCAAGCAAACAAAGAAAAUUCAAAGAAUCUAUAAUCCUCAUUGUAUUUAUAAUAAUGAUAUCCUUUAAUAAAUUAUUUCUUUAAUUAUUAAGUAAUAAUAAUACUAAUAAGUUAUAAUCCUUUCUACUAAAGGCACAAGGCCUGAAAUUUUGAGGGAGGGGGCUAGUCAAUUACAUUGACCCCAGUGUUUCACUGGUACUUAAUUUAUCAACCCCUGAAAGGAUGAAACACCAAGUUGACCUUGGCAGAAUAUGCCUCAGAAUAUACAGACAGAUGACAUUACACUAAGCAUUUCGCCCGACGUGUUUAACGAUUUUGCCAGCUCACCACCAUAAUAAUUAUAAUAAUAGUAAUAUUAAUAAUUAUAAUAAUUAUAGUAAUAAUUAAUAAUUAUAUAGUAAUAAUAAAAAUGUAAUAAUAAUAAUAAUAAUAAUAAUAAUAGUAAUAAUAAAUAAUAGUAGGAGCAAUAAUGAAUAACAUUUUAUUCUUUUUUAUUUGUCAUUUGACUGCGGCCAUGCUGGAGCACUUGCUGCGUCUUUCUCAGCCAAAACUGAGUCUGUUCAGAACAGAGGUGAAAAGACAUGAGAAGAAGUCUUCCUUUGGCACGUUCUCUGUUAUCCAGCUGUAUAUGGCAAGCCAGCCAACUAGUAGUCUUCUAUACUUUUGUUCUUUUACUUGUUCCAGUGAUUGAACUGAAGCCACGCUGGGGCCCAGCCUUGAAGGGUUUACUUUUAAUAGAACUUUUGCUUUUAGUAACUAUUUAAAAAAAAAUCCUCCAACAAAAUUAAUUUUGAAACCAAACACACACAACUCCAGGUGUUAAAUAGGUGUUAAUAUGUCGUGUGUGACUACAACAAGUAAAAGACAUUAUAUAUACACACACACACACACACACACAGGUGCAGGCUUGACUGUAUGGUUAAGAAAUUCUCUUUGUAAUCAUAAAUUCAGUUCCUCUGCAUGGCAUCUUGGGCAAGUGUCUGCUGCUAUAACCCUAGGCCAACUGAUGCCUUGUGAGUGGAUUUAGUAGACAGAAACUGCAUGGAAGUCUGUUGUGUGUGUUAGUUAGUCUCCUUCACCACUUGAUUGCCAGUCUUGGUUCGUUUGUCUCCAUCACUUAUAGAACAAAGAAUAAGUAUCUGUCUUGAUUUGUUUCAACUAAACCCUUGAAAGCUGGGCCCCAGGAUGGCUUCAGUCCAAUGAUUGAAACAAGUAAAAGAAUUAAAGAGCAAAAGACUAGCUAACUGGCUUCCCAUAUAGCCUGGUAAUAGAGAAAGUGCCAAUGAAAGACUUCUUCUCUCUUGUCUCUUCACCUCUAUCUUGGACAGACCCAGUUUUCGCUUUGAAAGACGUAGCAAAUCCUAAGUUAUUUGUAAAUACAAAACCAUUAUUAUUAAGGCUGUGAGAUAGCAGAAUCAUUAGCAUGCCAGACAGAAUGCUUAGUGGCCGGUUGUCCAUCUUUAUGUUCUGAGUUCAAAUUCUGCUGAGGUCAAGUUUACUCUUCACCAAAAAAUUUCAGGCCUUGCACCCAGAGUAGAAAGAAUUAUUAUUACUAAUUAAGGUGGCGAGCUAGCCGAAUCAUUAGCAUGCCAGGUGAAAAUGCUUAGCAGUAUUUUGGCUGUCGCUACGUUCUGAGUUCAAAUUCCACUGAGGUGGGGGGGGGGUCGAUAAAAUAAGUACCAGUUGAAAACUGGGGUCGAUGUAAUCGACUCCUUCCCUCCCCUAAAAUUGCUGCCCUCGUAAAAUUUGAAACCAUUGCUAAUAUUAUUAUUAUUAUUAUUAUUAUUAUUAUUAUUAAGGCAGCGAGCUGGCAGAGUUGUUGGCUUACCGGAAAAAAUGCUUAACAGUAAGUUGGCCAUUGCUACGUUUUGAGUUCAAAUUCUGCCGAUGUCAACUUUACCUUUUAUCCCUUUUAGGGUCAAUAAAAUAAGUAGCAGUUGAGUACUGGGGACGAUGCAAUCACCUAGCACCCCGCCACCUGAAAUUUCAGGUCUUGUGCCUAUAGUAGAAAGGAUUAUUAUUAUUAUUAUUAUUAUAUUUAUUAAUAGGCAGUGGGCUGGCAGAAUCGUUAGCAUACCAGGCAAAAUGCUAAGCGGCAUUUCGUCUGUCUUCACGUUCUGAGUUCAAAUUCCACCGAGAUCGACUUUGCUUUUCAUUCUUUCAGGGGUCAAUAAAUUAAGUACCAAUGAAACUACUAGUCCCCUCCCAACGAAUUUCAGGCCUUGUGUGCCUUUAGUAGAAAGGAUUAUUAUUAUUGUUAUUAUUACUAUUAUAAAAUUUCAAUAUUUAUAAAUCUGUGAUAUUCAAUCUAUAUGUGUAUGUAUGUAUAUGUAUGUGUUUAUAUAAGUGUAUAUAUGUAAGAGAAUGUAAAUGUCUGCAUAUCGUUGUUUUGUAAACUCAGUUUUUGUGUUGGAGACACAAAGUUUCAUUUUAACUGCAAACUAAAUUUUUUUUGUUUUUAAUAGUUUUUUUUUUUUACUCUCUUUUGCAUGAUUUUUGUUUGCUAAUUAAUUUUAUGCAAAUGAGUCCCCCCAAAAAAAAUGACAAAGAUACAAAAGUUGAGCUGUUUUUAUUUUAUGCAACUUUUUGAUGUAAAACUGUGUAAAGAAAACUAGUGUUGGUAAAUAAAAAACAAAACAAAAAA